CACAGCUCAAUCAGCUGUCAACAAACUGAUAAAAAUGAUAUCUAUAAUAAUAGUCAUUUCAUAUGUACAUAAUACCUAAACUGUGAUAAAAAGAAUAUAAUACUCGUAUUUUACGAUUCGUAAACAAGACUAUCUUUGAUAAACCUAGCUCAUCGUUCAAAAAGAUCACAGCGAAAUACCUUGUCAACAAUGUUACUGAAAGUUAAAACUUUGAUUUUGCCGAUGACUAUUAUUGGCAAAAAUGCACUUCGUGGUCUCUCUACGGCGGCACUUCCAAAGGAAGAGAAAAUAAAGGUCAAUGAUUGCGUUAUAAACUAUGUAAAAGUUGGUACUGGUGCUCACCAUGCAAUGUUCUUGCCGGGUGCUUUAGGCACAAUAUGGACUGAAGGCAAACCUCAAGUCGAAGGGUUCGAUCGGGAAAAGUUUACGUUAGUAGCUUGGGACCCUCCUGGAUAUGGGAAAAGCAGACCACCUGAAAAGAAAUUCACAACAGAUUUUUAUGAAAAAGAUGCUGAAACUGCUUAUGAGUUUAUGAAGGCUUUAAAUAUCCCAAAAUACUCACUGCUAGGAUUCAGUGAUGGUGCUAUAACAAGUAUGAUCCAUGCUGCUAAGUACCCUGAAGCAGUAAACAAGUUAGUGAUCUGGGGAGCUAACUCAUUUAUAUUGCCUAAUGAGUUGGCAAUGUAUAAAAAAAUCAGAGAUAUCAACUCCUGGUCUAAAAGGAUGAGAGACCCUCUAAUUGAGGUGUAUGGAGAGGAGAGGUUUGCAGCAUAUAAUGCUAGCUGGGUAGACAUAAUGGAAGAAAUUUACAAUGCAAACAAAGGAAACAUUUGUAAUGAACUUUUAAAGGAUAUCAAAUGUCCUACCUUUAUACUGUAUGGGCAGAAAGACCCCUUAGUGGACAGUGUUCAUGCCUCACACUUGCACACACACAUAAGUGGAUCUAGGAUUCAUCUCUAUCCUGAAGGCAAACAUCAUAUACAUUUGAAAUAUGCUGAAGAUUUCAAUAAGAAAGUGCAGGAGUUUUUGAUUAAGCAUUAGUUAUAAGGUUAUUUUCAUUUGGUGCUAUAAGUACAAUUCAAUCAAUGCAUUCUAAAGUUCUUUUAUAAAUGUUUAAAGACUGA